UUUCAUCCAGCAAUACAAAAAGAACUGUACUAUUCAUCAUCUUCCCUCGAGAGCAGAGCACCGCUUAGCUCGAUUUUCAUACUCUUGUUCGGAAAUAUAUUUUCUUCUGUAGCUAAUUUUGACUGAAAAGUUUUAGUCUUUCACCCCCUCAUCGGAUGGAGGUUUCUUCUUUCUCCACUGUACCCAGUUUUUGCUACUCAUCCUCUGUUCCAGAAUCGUGUCGAUUUAGAGGAGUCAAAGUUCGAUUAUGGGACCAAUCUCUUGUCCCCGUUCGAUUGAGCAUACCAAGAAGAACACCUCGUGAUUUGGUUUCGUGUUGUCAGAAGAGAGAUGUCACUGUCGUUGAUGGAAGCUGUAUGGAUGAGAUAUAUGAUAAGUUGGCGGAACGUCUUGUCCCUACAUCAGCUGCAAUGUUUAGCCCCAAUGUUAAACGUUUGGUCGGUCUGGCUGGUCCUCCUGGUGCGGGUAAAAGCACGUUAGCAUAUGAAGUUGUGAGUCGUAUAAAUAGGUUAUGGCCUCAGAAAGCUGCCUCUUUUGAUACUGAGGUUAUGCCGCCUGAUGUCGCUACAGUGCUUCCCAUGGAUGGGUUCCACUUGUAUCGUUCCCAGCUUGAUGCCAUGGAGGAUCCCAAAGAAGCUCACGCGAGAAGAGGAGCUCCUUGGACUUUUAAUCCUGCACUAUUGCUCAACUGUUUAAAGAAGCUGAGAAACGAGGGCUCAGUCUACGUGCCAUCAUUCGAUCAUGGAGUUGGAGAUCCAGUUGAAGAUGAUAUCUUUGUUAGCCUCCAGCAUAAAGUGGUGAUUGUUGAGGGAAACUAUUUGCUGUUAGAAGAAGGGACUUGGAAAGACAUCUCUGAUAUGUUUGAUGAGAAGUGGUUCAUUGAUGUCAAUCUCGACACCGCGAUGCAACGUGUUGAAGCCAGACAUAUCUCAACCGGUAAACCACCGGACGUUGCUAAAUGGCGGGUUGAUUAUAACGACAGGCCCAACGCAGAGCUGAUAGUGAAGUCAAAGACAAACGCUGAUGUACUGAUCAGAUCCGUCAGUUUUUGAAUCUGCUUUCUUGGCUACUGCAUUAUACUAACAGACAAAUAAACCAUGGAGAUGAGUACUAAAAACGCAAUCUUUUUCUCUCAGAUUUGUCUUUGUGAUCGACAAUGUCUUCUUUUUUUGGUGAUAUAAUAUUUCAAUAAGCAUUUCUGCA